AUGUCCAACGGAGGCAGGUUCGAGUUUGACGAUGGCGGCUGCUAUGUGGGUGACUGGGAGGAGGGCCGGGCACAUGGCUACGGCGUAUGCACUGGCCCCGGGGCCCAGGGGGAGUACAGUGGGCGCUGGAGCCGUGGCUUCGAGUCCCUGGGCGUCUACACGUGGCCCAGUGGGAACACCUACCAGGGCCACUGGAGUCAAGGCAAGCGCAGUGGACUCGGCGUGGAGCGCAAGAGCAAGUGGAGCUACAAGGGGGAGUGGAGCCACGGGCUGAAGGGGCGCUCGGGCGUCUGGGAAAGCCAGUCCGGUGUCGUCUAUGAAGGCAUGUGGCGUGAGGGCCUGCAGGAUGGAUACGGCAUGGAGACGUACGCUGAUGGAGGUACCUACCAGGGCCAGUGGCAGUUCGGAAAACGUCACGGAUACGGAGUGCGUCAGAGUGUUCCUUACCGCCAGGCGGCCCUGGUGCGCUCCCCGCGCCGGACCUCCCUCGAGUCACUCCACAGCGAGACUGACCCUACCACCCCGGCUCCACCGCUCCCUCCUCCUCCUCUUCCCCCGCCACCUCUCCCUGGGGAUAGCCCAGCCUCCGGAUCGAGGGGUGGGUUUGUCUUGGCCUUCCCAGGUGACCCAGACUUCCCCAAGGGAGCCAAGAAGAAAACCGGAGGCUUCUUCCGCCGCUCCCUGCUCUUAAGCGGGCUCCGGGUGCGCAGGGCUGAGUCGAAGGCUUCCUUGGGCAGCAAAAGAGGGUCCCUCAAGAGCGAGGCAGGGGUAAGUUCGGCUGGGAGCGAGGCCACCACACUCAGCUACGCAGAGACAGAACCUCCGGAGUUGCCUUCAGCAUUGACUAUUGAGGGGUCUUCCACCGAGGUCUACGCAGGAGAGUGGCGGGCGGACCGCCGCAGCGGCUACGGGGUGAGCCGCCGUUCCAACGGGCUGCGGUACGAGGGCGAGUGGCUAGGCAAUCGCCGGCACGGUUACGGCCGCACCACCUACCCCGACGGCUCCAAGGAAGAGGGGAAGUACAAGCUCAACCGUCUGGUGAGCGGCAAGGUGAAGAAUCUGAUUCCCCUUCGCCGGAGCAAGGUCAAAGAGAAAGUUGACCGAGCCGUAGAAGUGGCUAGAAGGGCCGUCAGUAUGGCCCGGCAGAAGCAAGAGCUGGCCAUCGCCAGGGCUGCGGAUGCUCGCAUGAAGGCCGCUGGGGCGCUGGCCGCAGCAGAGAAAGCCCUGGAAGCUGCGCGGCUGGCCAAAAUUCUGGCCCAGGAACUGCAGCCCAUCCUUGAUGAGCCAGAACCACGUGGCCGGCUGGAUUCGGAAGGCACUGACACCAAUUUCCAGGAGUACGACAGCCCCCAGGUCUACGAGAACGGCAUCACCCCCUCCGAUGCUUCUCCAGACCCGAGUCUGCCCACGAGCUACCCUCCGACGCCUCUGCAGUCCUGGAGGGGGGACCCUCGGCGGACUUGGCCCCCCUUGGAGAACGGGGGUCCUCGCCAGCUCCUCCCGGAGGCCUCCGACCCCGAGGAUGAGUGGGGGUGCCGGGGCAGCUUCCCGUCUCAGACUCCGGGGUUUGCUCCCGAGGGGCUGUGGGACCAAGAGGAGGAGCAGGGGCAGAUGAGCAGCUACGAAGCGGAGGAAGAGGCGUUCGCGGGGGGCCCUCGGCGCCCCCAGCUGGGCAGCCCAGCCAGCGGCAGCUCCGGCAGCCUGCGGGAGGAGGAAGAAGAGGAGGAGGAAGAGGAGGAGGGGGCAGUUUCCAGGCCUUAUCCUGGGGAGAUCCCGGCGGAAGCAGAACUGGAGAGAGCUUCCGUGGGCCCGGAAUCGGAGAACGAGGAAGGGACUGGGGGUCCAGGGGCCUUCGUGGUGGAGCGAGAGGAGGUCCUCGGAGCAGUGUGGAGAAGGGAGAGGCAGGGAGCCCACCUGUUGGUCGUCGCUGCAGUCCUGUUGGUCGACGUGAGUCUGGUGUACCUGUUCUCGCUCCUCCUCACUUGA